CCGCAGACUGGGGCCGAGGUCUGGCACGCGCGUGGUCAAUCGCCAAUCAUCCGAGUACCAACAGCUAUGCUGAAAGAAACGGAAAUGUGGUUCAAGAGCCUCAGGCAGCAGGAUCAACCGCUUUCACCUCCCAAAAGGAGGUGCUGGUCGCUGUCCCGCUCUCUUCCGGAGUUGACUGGAAACACGGAGGAUGCAGUGAGAGCCAGACAGUGCUCGCAGGAAAGCCGACUGCGCCGCAGGACGGUCGAGGUGCAGCGUCAGCUGGCCGCGCUAGCUGAGCAAGGUCGCCAACAGGCGGCGCUGCUGCAGCGGCGCCGCCAGAGGGCCACCGAUGUCCAGCGCUUCCUCCAGCAGCCGGUCACCGCACUGCAUGGCACCACCAGCCGAGGCUGA